AUUACCACCAGGGUCUCAACUUUCAUACGGCGCUAAGACUCAAACAAGCUGUUAGCUUCGUCUUGUACCAAAAAAUCCCCUUUUUUUCUUGCCCACUUGAGGCGCUCCGCUUUCCGCGCCUUCUCACUCUCUCUCGGGUUUUUCAAUCAACUCUUGUUCUCUUCCGCUCUCAUUUUUUUCGUCUAUAUUCUGAACCAUCUCUCAUGAGGGAUGGAGUCUCCAAUUAACCCUCUGGUAGGAUCGUGAGACUUUUAAUGGACUGAAAACGCCGGUGAGGUUUGUCGGGGCAACUUCUCCGAUAUAUUUUCCUCCACUCGUUCCUUUUUUGCGGUUUACUAGGAUUGAUUGUCGGGUAGCUUGACUACUUUCGAGAUCCCAUCACUCGUUUCUUAACUACGACCACCGAGCUCCGUCCGCAGCUCGCUCAGCCCUUCUUUUUCCCGUUCAAUUGUUCGCUACUCGCCGAAAACUACUCUGACCUCUUGCAUUCGGUCUUUCAAGCGGUCAAUUCGCUUUUAAUUACUUUUCAUUUGACUUCCUUUAUCGACAAAUGUCCAGCGGGAACUGGGUUAUUAAUCGUGGCCAUGGUCACAGAAAAUGGAGACUUUCGGUAUCCGCCGUCUGCAGGCGAACAUAAUCUCCCCAAUCGACGUAGAGUGCCCAAUCCUCCUCGUCUGAACCCUCUGAGAAUCAAUCCCCCCUCUCCGCCAUCUCGACCGUUGACCGCCGGAGCUCCACGUGCGCUUCCGAUCCCUCGCUCCCCUCGAAGACCCCCUGCAAUUCCAGAUGACCCUUUCUUGCGCUCAGCGUCCCCCCAACCUGGAAUGGGCCCGGACUUUACCGCACGCAGGCCGACAUAUCGCAAGCCUGCUACCGCAAAUACAACGGCUGAACGCUUUCCAAGAGCCCCCUCGAGAGAAAGUGACUUCGACCGUCCGUCAUAUCGCCACAGGACCCCUCCUCCUCAGCCAAAACUGAGAACCUCCAAAUCCACAUCAAAACUCCAUAGACCUCCUAAGACUCUAUAUACCUUGGAACGCCAGUCCCACGAAACCCCACAUCAAGGAUUGGGCCUACCACGUUUCUAUCACAAUGGAUCGACAGAGGCUAAUGGGGACGAUGCUCUCCGCUCCAGUGUAAACUCAGCCAUGACGUCGCGCUCUAGUGUCGAACAGGCGAGUGGAACGGAACGAAGUAGUGUUCUGACAAAGAGUAGCUCUAUCACCGACCUCUCUCCUGAUACACCAGAUGGACCGUAUGAGAAGGAAGGAGGAAUGAGCGUGGAAGAUGCAAUAUCGAUGUACCUCGACGGGUUUAGUGACGUCACAGAAGAGCCCGGGUCGCCCGAGUUACGUGGAGAUAGCAAACUUAGGCCUGUCAGCCCCCGCCCACCAACAGAGCUGACGAUCGACGAUGGGCACACUUCCGAUGAGCACUCACCCGAGCUAGAUACUACCAAGGACCUGCCCCCGGUACCGCCGCUCCCAAUUCUUAACCCGCCCGACCAGAAUACGCUGGAUGAACAGUUCUUGGGCCAUACACAAUUGAACGAAAAGCAAUUUAGCGAGCCCCUUGGCCAGACCGCAUCGGAUCAAAAAUCUGGCGGCGGUCAUCUAGAUACGAAAAUUUUCGUUCCUGGCACCGUCCCGCCUCCGUUUCUGACGCCUACCGAGACUCGCGACCGCUAUGGGUUUCGGAAGUCCAGCCACCACGUUACAUUACAACAGUACGAAGCCUGGAAUGGCCCGUAUACUUCCGUUGUUAAAAGCCGGAGGAUAAAAUGGGCCGAACUCUUGAAGGAGAAUGGAUUACCCACUGGCGAUCCGAUGACCUUCCCACCAAAAUCGAACAAGAUCAAGCGUCUUGUCCGAAAGGGUAUUCCUUCCGAAUAUCGAGGGGCAGCCUGGUUCUUCUAUGCCGGUGGGUAUGAGCAUUUGAAUCGUAACCCUGGGCUGUAUGACCAGCUCGUCAAGCAAGCCAUGGAGACUCCAAGCAACGAUGACAAGGAGCACAUCGAGCGUGACUUGCACCGAACGUUCCCUGAUAACAUUCAUUUCAAGCCCGAAUCAACUGACGGGAUCGGAAUCUCAGUCGCUAGCUCUGGUAGCAGCAACCUGAAGCACGGCUCGGUCACUGUGGAGACGCAAAUGAUUCAGUCGCUCCGGCGGGUGCUGUAUGCAUUUGCGCUGCACAACCCUCAAGUCGGUUACACGCAGUCACUCAACUUCAUCACAGGUCUACUUCUUUUAUUUCUUCCUGAAGAGAAGGCGUUCUGGAUGCUCCAUAUUGUUACUUCCGUCUACCUUCCCGGCACUCACGAAAUCAGUCUUGAAGGCGCCAAUAUCGACCUUUGGAUUCUUAUGGUUCUCUUGAAAGAUUCCACCCCACAUAUUUACAACAAAAUAACAGGGUUUGCUCCCGGAAAAUCCAAGACGCCUCCGCUCACAGUUGACUCUCGGUUACCGGAUAUCACACUCGGCUUGACGAAUUGGCUCAUGUCAUUGUUCAUUGGAACCCUACCCUUGGAGACGACUCUACGCGUCUGGGAUGUUUUUUUCUACGAAGGGUCGAAGACGUUCUUCCGAGCGUCACUGGCUAUUUUUAAAGCCUGCGAGAGGGACAUCCUCACCGUAUCCGACCCUAUGGAAGUUUUCCAGGUAGUCCAGGCGGUUCCGAAGAGGUUAUUGGACGCCAACACCCUACUGGAUGAGUGUUUUGUGCGGCGGCAUCGUGUUGGACAGGGCCGCAUCGAGGAAUUAAGAGCAGCUAGGCGGACUGCAGUUCGGCAAGAAAAGCUGCGACGCUCGAAGGCUUUGAGCAAGGGAUACCUCCAAGCUGCCACUGAUGAAUGGCCCACCACGAGAUCGCGGACGCCCGUUCCUGGCGUUGAGCGCAGCAUUGUCGAUUCAUGGCGCCAUAUGAAAGAUGCAUUCCGGUAAGAUGUCUCCGACGAUAUCUUGCCAAAUCGCCGCUGCUUUGUAACGAAAUCUGUUUAUUGAUACCCGAGAAAAAAAAUUGCGUUGGGAUAUUGUUUGUACUCUACGUCGUCAUCUGCUGUGUUCUUUUGCCCACACACUCCCGUCGCCUCCUUGUACCUUCGCGGAACCUGGAUUUCCAGAGUGAUUGCGACUUAUCUCAUUCUAUAAUGUUUACAACUGUAAUUUCACUGAUUGACGCAUUUCGACGGCCGUCAGCCGGGCGUUCUCCGGUUGGAUUUGGGAAUGUGGAGUUUUGUUUAUCUGUGGUCAGACCUUUGAUUACAUUGCUUCGCGCAUUGGAUUGAAUUGGAUCGCUUCUUGAUCGUGAAAUGGGCGGACAAAUGUUCGUGAUGAUCUCUUUCUAUGUAUGUGCCUGUACAUAUUUUGCAUGAGCGCCUCUUUUCUUUUUCCUUAUUGUUUCAACGCUUCUGCAGCAUUUCUUCCCCUAAGAAUUCGGAUACCACCAUUACUACUAUCAUGUACAUAGAACAGAACAAUUAUGAAGAAAUUGGAAAAAAAUGAAAA